AUGGCCUCGUUAUUAGGAGCGCCACUGCUCCUGCUCUUCUACCUUGUCGCCCUCAUAUUACCCACCAACGCCGAGAACAUACUCCAGUCCUCGUCGCUAAACACCUGCCAGGACAACUCCGGGUUCACAGCCAGUCUGUUCAACGUCGUUUACUCCCCGAAAGAUGAAAAGGCCUACGUAAACAUAUCCGCCAUCUCGACUAUCGAGGCCAACGUCCUUUUCGAUGUCCUGAUCAGCAUAUACGGCUACUCCUUCUUUCACAAGGUCAUCAACCCUUGCGACGUUAAUCUCGCUGGCUUCUGCCCUAUGGUCUCUGGGAAACUCGGCAACCCUUUCAGCCUUGACAUCGACCCCUCGGCUACCGGCGUUAUUCCUAGCAUCGCCUACCAGUUCCCGGAUCUCGACGCCAAGGUCAGAAUCUUUAUCAACGCGACGAGCGGGACCAAGGCUGGCACGAGUGUAGCCUGCAUCGAGGCUACCGUGUCCAACGGCAAGACGGUCGACUUGCUCGGUGUCAAGUGGGCUUCCGCCAUCGUGACUGGUCUCGCGCUGGCCUCGUCUGCUGUCAUAUCGGGUCUGGGUCAUUCCAACGCCGCCUCGCACGUUGCCGCCAGCGCCUUGGCUCUUACCAGCUACUUCCAGGCCCAGGCCAUGGUUGGUCUCGUUGGGAUCAAACUGCCCCCGGUCGUCCAGUCAUGGACCCAGGAUUUCCAGUGGAGUAUGGGGAUUAUCAAUGUUGGCUUCAUGCAAGACAUCUUUACGUGGUACCAGCGAUCAACUGGGGGAACCGCUGCUACCAUCAUCGACACCCUUGAGAAUGUAUCGGUCGAGGUCCAGAAACGCGCUGCACCCUUGAUAGCCCCUGCCGCUGGCCUCUUUCGACGCGCAACAGCGAUGGUGCCUCGCAGCGUCCUGAAGCACGCUUCUAGCCUCGCGAAACGUGGAAAUAUUCAGACCGAUUAUGGAAGCUAUGUUGUCUAUGGCAUACAGCGUGUGGCCUUUAGAGCGGGUAUUGAAACUACGAAUCUCUUCAUGACCGGACUCAUCUUCUUCUAUAUCAUCAUGGUUGCAACAGCGUUAUUCGUGGCUGCAUGGAAGGGCUUCUGCGAGGUUGCUGCCAAAGCUCGGUGGAUCAAAAGCGAUACUUUCCUGGAAUUCCGUAACGGUUGGCUCACGGUCCUUAAGGGGAUUUUGUUCCGAAUUACCCUUAUCGGCCACCCUCCGGUCACGAUCCUCUGCCUUUGGGAGCUCACCCAAAAAGAUUCGCCCGCAGAGAUGGUUUUGGCGGUGUUCUUCCUGCUAUUCGUCAACGGAGCCUUAGGUUUUGCGGCCUACAAAGUCAUCCGCAUCGCCCAUCGCUCUGUUUCGUUGCACAGGAACCCUGCGUAUAUAUUGUUCUCAGAUCCUCAGACUCUGAACAAGUGGGGCUUCCUUUACAUUCAGUUCCGUGCCUCAGCCUACUACUUCAUCAUCCCGCUUCUCUGCUACACCGUGGUGAAGUCGUUCUUCAUCUCGCUUGCCCAAAGAGCCGGCACGGUCCAGGCUAUCGCACUUCUGAUCAUCGAGGCAGGAGCUCUGAUAACCGCUGCCGUGAUGCGGCCCUGGAUGGACAAGAAGAUGAGCUCGUUCAAUAUCGCGAUUUGUUCCGUCAACUUCGUAAAUGCCAUCUUUCUACUAAUUUUCACCAACAUCUUCGGUCAGCCAGACAUCGUCAACGGUGUGGUCGGAGUGGUGCUAUGGAUUCUAAACGCAGUCUGCACACUGGUUCUUCUCAUCAUGCUAAUCGCCAGCACCCUCAUUGUCUUCUUUACCGACAACCCUGAUGGUAGAUACAAGUUCAUGGCCGACGACCGCACUUCAUUUAUGAAGUCACAGAGCCAAUUGGGUACUACCAACGAGCUUGAUGCGUUAGGCGCGACGGCACGUGGCGAGAAGCCAGGUUACGGAUCAGGAAUGGAUCUGGAAGAUGGCGACAAUUCGAUUGCACCAAGCUCGUUCCGCCAACAACCGCACUCGCGCUCGACGUCUUUCAAUCGAACUGGGGCGCCGUCGACGGCCCAUUCCACGUCUAGCAAUUCACACCACGAUCGUCCCCGGACAUCGGUGGAUCCGGCUAUGCCUUUCUUGUCUUCGGGAGCGAAUAUCUCGCGAAAUGGAAGCCCCUCGAAUGUAUCGGCUGGGAACCGCUCACAACAUAAUGCGAGGUGA